UGACGUUGCGGUCGAUUAAUGCCGUGGGCGUCGUCUAAGCAGUCCGGGCUCGUCCCAUCAGGUUUCGUGUUAUAAAUACUCGGCGGUUUCGCUUUAUUGGUUUCUUGCGGUAGUGCUGUGUGUCCGGGAGGGCUGUUCGGGCGUUACGUGCGGUCACCGGGCCAGUGUAAAGUCACAAUAACUGAGCUCUCCAUCUGCAGCGGAAGGAGCCGUCCGUGUAGAGGCAGCGCCGCCAUUUUGUGUUCGUUUCUCCAUCGGCGCGCGCUCUGUGGAAUCUGCUCCACGCGGUCCUGUGACCUUUUUUUUUUACCUUUUUCUCCUGGUCCCGUUUACACUAAAAGGCUUCAAGCUGGAGAUGUCAGGGGGAGGCGUGAUUAGGGGGCCGGCGGGCAAUAACGAUUGCCGAAUAUACGUGGGGAACCUGCCGCCCGAUAUCCGGACCAAGGACAUAGAAGACGUCUUCUACAAGUAUGGCGCCAUCCGCGACAUUGACCUCAAAAACCGGAGAGGGGGGCCGCCAUUCGCCUUCGUGGAGUUUGAGGAUCCCAGAGAUGCAGAGGAUGCAGUAUAUGGCAGAGAUGGUUAUGAUUAUGAUGGCUAUCGUCUCCGUGUGGAGUUUCCACGAAGUGGUCGUGGGGCUGGAGGAAGAGGUGGCGGUGGUGGAGGCGGCGGCGGUGGUGGAGGAGGAGGAGGUGGAGGCGGCGGCGGAGGCGGUGGGGGGGCACCUCGUGGAAGAUAUGGCCCUCCAUCUAGACGUUCUGAGUACAGAGUAAUUGUUUCAGGGCUGCCUCCAAGUGGAAGUUGGCAGGAUCUGAAGGAUCACAUGCGUGAGGCAGGUGAUGUAUGUUAUGCUGAUGUUUAUCGAGAUGGUACCGGAGUUGUGGAAUUUGUGCGGAAAGAAGAUAUGACCUACGCAGUGCGGAAACUGGAUAACACUAAAUUUAGGUCGCAUGAGGGUGAAACUGCCUACAUUCGUGUUAAGGUUGAUGGACCAAGAAGCCCCAGUUAUGGAAGAUCGCGGUCUCGCAGCCGCAGUCGUAGCAGGAGCCGUAGUAGAAGCAAUAGUCGUAGCCGAAGCUAUUCUCCAAGAAGAAGCCGUGGAUCUCCUCGCUACUCUCCCCGUCACAGCAGAUCCCGCUCCCGCACAUAAAUAAUCAAGUGAUACAUUUUUUUCUUUUUUUUUGUAUACCUUCUUGUUGUAUACAGUUUGAUUCCAUAUUUCACCCUUUUUUUUUUACCAUGUUUGCUUAAGUGUCUUGUGUAGUAUCAAUUUGUUCCUUAACAUCUGCAUUCUCCUCAUGCUUGAUACUGUAUUUUAACAGUUAGAUUGAAUUCUUCAAUGUAGCCACUCUGAAGCCAUUUUAUUAAUUUUUUUUUGUCUGAUAUGGUGUUUGGCACUAAAGCGCUGGGGUGGCUAUGGUUGAAUAUUGUGGGAAAUUUUGUUUUACCUUGCCUUUUCAUGUGUCUUUCUGUAGACAUAUCUGAAGAGAUGGAUUAAAGAAUUGUGGAGGACAUUUCAAACAUUUUAGGAUUGUCAAAAGGAGGCUUGUGGAGGAUCAGAUCAUAAAUGGAGGCCAUGGUAUGACUCCAAUGCUAUUGUCAGACAAAAUGGCAGUAUUGACCUUAUGCUACGAAUUCUUAAUUGAACUCAUUAAGCUAGUGGUACUAGGCUCCUAUAUUCAUGUUAGGCCGUAUUAUUGAGAUUCCUGCCACUUGAGGUUACCAUCUUUCAUCCGCAUGUCCUGUGGGCCUCUAAAGUAUAAUAUCAAUACUGCUAACCAUGCAUGUCCUCUUUGACUAGUGUUUUUUUUUUUUUUUUGUAAGAAUUUAAAUUUAAUGUUGUAGGCAGAUGUGAGGGUUUAGUGACCUUGUGCCCCCUCAGCCUUAAUGCACCUGGAUGCUGGCUGAUCUAAUUAUUUUUAAUUUACUUUUUUUUUGCAUGGGCACAGACGUCCACCUAACUUAAGCUAGAAAAGAAAUUACUCUUGAAAUACUUUUUUUUUUUUUUGUGAUUACUUUAAUAACAAGAACAAUGUAAUGAGGCAGUCCAGCAGUGGGAUAAAACUUUUUGUAGUUACCAUGAAUGUUGACUCAAAAUGUUAUGCAAGACUAAACAGAUAUUCCUGCUAGCACAAUACUUUUUCUAAUACAUGCAGUGCAUCUGAUAUUAAAUUUUAUAUUUGGUUUCCACCUGAUAA